AUGGGAUGCACGUAAGGAAAAAAUAAGUAAAAAAGGGCUUCUUUUUAAUAUGAAAUCUAUGAAAGAGCCCAAGAAAAUUAAAUAAAAAAGGAAAUAUAAUAUGAUGUUCAUAAAAAUCCAAUAAUUUAAAGAAGAGUCAAAACUCAUUCAUAAACUCCUGAUCAAUAGAAUAGAACAGAUUAAUAAUCUGAUCUCCUUUCAAAUUAGAGAUCUUAAUUUUGA